UUUGAUCGCUUUAGUGGCUCCAGCAGCCAAGCAGUACUGAGUUUACCUUUGGCUCAGUCGUGUGAUGAUUAAAUAAAGUGAUUUUAUUAUCCAUAUUGAUCAAGUUAUAAUAAUGAUGUACAAAUGCGUCAUAUUAUUUUUCCUGUACGUGUUGAUUUUACCGGCAAGAUGUCAAACUAAAGCGGGUGAUCAGUGUGUGGAUGAUUACACCAAAUCGGUUGGAAAAUGCAGCCUUAUAGAAAACUGUCCUUCAGCGAAGAAAGCAUCUGUGGGUAAUGGUAUUACGCCUACUUUCUGCGCGUACAGUGCCUUCAGCCCUACACUAGUCUGCUGUCUUGAUGAAGGGUCCAUACUGCAGACAGCGCCUACGACUCAGGAGAAACCCCCGGUAUGGAGCGAUGGAGAUAAAUCAAAACGAGUCAGCGAAAGAAAAUGCGACGAAUACAGUAGGGACGUUAUUCACAGGACACAUUACGUUGCUUUGCAAGCUUCCGAUUCUGGCGUGGUUACAGCGCCCAAGUGUGACUACCAGGGUACAGGACUCAUUGUUGGCGGCGAGGAAGCGUCUGUGGGCGAAUUCCCACAUAUGGCGGCGAUAGGCUGGAGGAACGAAACCGGCUACGCCUUCCAGUGCGGAGGCUCCCUCAUCAGCCCCAAGUUCAUCCUAACAGCAGGACACUGCAUCAAGUUUGGUGGCGCCGAUCCAGCGAUCGCCAGACUUGGAGACCAUAAUUUAGACCCCACUGUGAACGACAGAGCUGAUCAUGUUGAUGUACCUAUCAGCAAGGUGAUCAAACAUCCAGAUUACAAUUCCCCGUUGGUCUACAACGAUAUAGCAUUAAUGGAGCUGGCUAAUGCCGUGACGUUGAGAACUGCUAUCAGACCAGCUUGUCUCUGGACGAAAGGAGGGUUUGGGACGCACACAUCAGCUCUGGCCACAGGGUGGGGAGUCACUGAUGAUCGAUCCCAAGAGACUUCGAAGGUACUUCGUAAAGUAUCUCUCUCAUUACUACAGAAUGAUCAUUGCAACCCUCUGAUGAAGAAUUACCAGACGAAAAGGAAAUGGCCAGGGUUUAUAUCGAGCCAGAUGUGUGCUGGAGAGCUCAGAGGAGGGAAAGACACAUGCCAGGGUGACUCCGGCGCCCCACUCCAAGUGGUAUCAUCGGAUAAUCAAUGCAUCUUCCACGUGGUGGGAGUGGUGUCAUUCGGGAGAUACUGCGCGGUGAAAGGGCAUCCAGGAGUUUACACCAGGGUCUCCAGCUACUUGGACUGGAUUGAGAAGACUGUAUGGCCGGGAGAAUAAAUAUUUUUUGAAUA